AUGUCGUUUAAUUCAUCGGAUGUUCCAUCAACUUUGUAUUCUUUGGUAGAUGAACAGGGUGGAGGUAUUUUAUCGCCGUGGAUUAAAUAUGCAAGAUCAUCAGGAGAUUAUAGUAUUCUUGAAGAAUAUUUAGAUACUGCGGUAAGUUUUGAGGUUUUUGUUUAGGUUGAAAAUUGUAGCUUGGAAAUAAAGCAUUCAUUUUCUCAAAAACCUUCCCCUCCAAACAAUUUCAGAUUUUUUUCUGAAAAAUUAUCCAUUUUAUUUUCGUUUCAGGUCAAAGCUUACCUUUACAAUGGUGGAAAAGGUAAACUUGUUCCAAUUUCCCAGUUAGUUAUGAUUCGAAACAAGCAACGAAACGCAGAACUUGGAGCUCUUCGCAGAAAAAAAGGUCGAGGAAAAAGCGGCCCUAAUAUUCUUGAACAUAUUGAUCAAGACGCCUUAUCAUCUGGAGAUUUUUUGAAAGGUAUUCUGUUAUACGUAUAAAAACACAUUAAACAUAAUUUUUCUAGCCCUCAAAGUUCUGGAUGGCGGUAUGAUCAAAGGACGAAAAAGUUUCAAAUAUCGAGAACUUGUUUGGGAUAUGGAUCAACGUGGAAGACUUGGUGAAAAUUUAUUGCAUAUUUGUAUGCUUUUGAAUACCGCAGAUAUGAAUGAACUCGUCAAACAAAUGGUUUAUAGAUUUCCAAAAAUUGUUAAUGAUAUUUUCAUUUCUGAAGAAUAUUAUGGUAAGAAUAACUACUCAUAUUCAAAAAAUAUAAUUUUCCUAAAUCAAAUUCCUACCUAGGCCUCUCCCCACUUCAUCAAGCAAUUGUCAACGAAGAUUUAGAAAUGGUUUACUUCCUAUGUAAAAAAGGAGCUGAUGUGCAUCAAAGAUGUUAUGGCUCAUUUUUCUGUGCCGAUGAUCAAAAAGCAUCUCGCACUGAUUCAUUGGAGCACGAAUGGGUUGAUCUUGUUCAAAACACCAAAUAUAUGGGGCAAAUGUAUUGGGGAGAAUAUCCUUUGUCAUUUGCAGCAUGUACAAAUCAAACAGAUUGCUUUCGACUUCUUCGAGCGAUGAAGGCUGAUCCAAAUAUGCCAGAUACCAAUGGAAAUACAGUUUUGCAUCUUACUGUGAUACACGAUCUACCUGUACAUGAGUUUUCUGUUUUUUUAUAUUAAUACCAAAGCUCAAUUUUUUCCCAGGAAAUGUUCAUGUUGGCUGUUGAACUUGGAGCAAAUCUACACAUUCGCAACAAUCUCAAGCUAACUCCACUUGCCCUUGCUGCCCGACUUGCCAAGAAAAAAGUAAUACUGCGGUUAGGUAUAUCAUAACGUUUUUGUUUUAGAUUUACGAUUUGAUUCUUGAAUGUGACAUGGAUAUCUCCUGGCGUUAUGGUCCUGUUGUUUGCAAAACAUAUCCUCUUCACGAUGUUGACACGAUUCAAGAAAGUGAUGGAGAUCUCAAUCCAAAUUCUGUUAUUGCCAACGUUGUUUAUGGGGUAAGAAAGGCUUCAGUGUUUUUUUUAAAUCAAAGCAAAGUUCAGGACAAAGUUGAACAUCUUGAGUUUUUCGAUGGUUUAAUCGAAGAAGUCUUGGAAUCAAAAUGGGAAACUUUUGGUAAAAAACAAUUAUUCAUAAGUUUGACCGGGUAUAUUUAUUUCCUUUUUGUUUUUUAUACCGCAUUUAUGACGAGAGAUGCACAUGGAUUUGUGAGUUUGUUAUUCAAAAAGUUAUGAAUCAUCGAAUUUUAUUUUAGCGUACUGAAUUCGAUCGAAUGAAUGGGACAGAAUAUUAUGAUGAAGAUGAUAUAGUUAAUAUUUUAGCUAAUGCAUAUUCAGGCUGGCCUGCUCCAAAAAAAAGAAUAGCAAAUAGAUAUAUGCGACAAAAUCAAUUACCUCCACAAUGUCAUCUUUGGGAUUAUACUUCAAGCACUAAACAUCAGGUAACAAAACUUUUGUGUUGGACUAACAAUAAAAAUAAUAUUUUAUUUUCAGAUCCGGAUGGUCAGUGAAAUUUUAUGCUUGAUCGCUGUUUUUGUCAGAUCUUUCAAAGAUUUCAUCGAUGCAAAUCGAACAGGGUUUAGUAGAUGGUGGAAAUCAAUUGUGAGUAUAUGAUUUUCUAUUUUUCUUCAAACAGUAGUGUUCCAGAAUGCUUUCCCUGAAAAAGUUCUUCACAAAGUUUGCCAAAUUUUGGUCGUUUGCACAAUCCCUUUUCGGCUCGGUUGUAAUCUUAACAAAAACUUCCUAGCAAUCGAAAACUUUCUAGCGAUUUGUAUCGUUUUCAUGAGCACACUUCAUUUUUUGUUCUAUUGUCGGUGGGUCUAAUUUUUAUGAUGAUUUCAGAAAGAAAAAUGAUUUUCAGAAGUUUGAAAUUUGUUGGUCCAUUUGUGUUGAUGGUUUACAAAAUUAUUGUUCGAGAUAUGCUUCGAUUUCUUCUUAUAUAUUCAUUUUUUCUAAUGGGUUUUGCUCAAGGUAUUUUUUCUGAAUUAAUUUUUUGCAACUUAUUUUUCAGCAUUUUAUAUGAUAUUCAUGGCCUGCGAACGAGCCCAAAAUGAAAUUGACAAAGAUCCAAUGCUAUCAGGAAAUCAAACCGAACGUUUUGAAAAUACAAUUCCAAAUGGAAUGGAAGCUAUUAUGAAAAUGUUUAUAAUGAGUGUUGGAGAAUUUGGAAGCAUUUAUAAAAGUAUCAAUGAUUGCCCAAGUGAUAUCGGAUUAUUGGCAAAACUAUUUUUCGUUUUAUUCGAACUUAUUGUAACUGUUAUGUUGCUCAAUUUAUUGAUUGCUAUGAUGACUAGAACAUAUGAGAAAAUCGCUGAAACUGAAAAAGAAUGGAAAAGACAAUGGGCUCAAGUUAUAUUGAUGCUUGAGCAAAGUUUAUCAGCUUCUGAAAGAUUACUAUCCCUUUAUAGAUAUACUAGACCGUUGAGAUCUGAUAAACGAAGAAGAGCGUUUGUGGUUAAGUUGAAGACGGCGGUAGGUUCUGAUGUAAUGAAUUCAUAUUUGAUUUAUUUUGAUUUGAAAAUUCACCGUUAUUUAGGAUCGUGCUACACCAAUUGUCAAAACAACUCCGCCACGUGGAAAACCUUCAAUCCGACUUUCUAACAAUAGUUCUAUCCAUGUUUUACACGUUUUAUCAAAAACAUAAAUAUAUUUCUAUAUUAUUUAUCUAUUUUUAUUUUAAAAUAAAUAUUUUAUAAAAAAUUAUUGCGAAAUCGUAAAUUAUUUUUUCCAUUGAAAUUAAUGGAGCAAAUACGCUCCAAAGCAAACAACGCUUCUUGUCACAGGGACAUCCUUUUCUCUAACUUUCUGCGUCUCUCAACAAUGCGCCUAUUAGAAAUGCGUCAGUCUUCUACUGGGAUUGACGCUUUUGGUUUGCUAUGUCCAUUUUUUGGUUUUUUUUUGGUUUUUUCAUAGAUUCAGGCCUAGUUCUGGAAAAUUUCAGACAAUUUCAGGAAUAUAUUGAUAUUUUUCAGAUAUGUUGUCGCGUCUUUCGGUUCGCGGAGCUCACACAGCCGCCAAAAAAUCAGCGUCUGCUCCAGUCGAAAAAACAACAAAAAUCGCUUCGGGAUUAACUGUCGCCACCAUCGAUUCACACGGUCCACUUUCACAAUUGGUGAGUUAUCCUAACUGUUUUUUUUUUGAAAAUGUAAAUUUUACGUUCAGGUUCUUGCAUUCCGUGCCGGUUCAAGAUAUGAGAAAGCAGAUCAAGCUGGAUUGGUUCACACUCUCAGAAACUAUGUUGGAAGAGAUACUGUAAAUUAUCCAGGAAUCAGUGUUGUUUGGUCAUCUGCUGUCGCUGGAGCUAGUUUGGUAGGGGUUUUUUUUGAUUUCUGAAAUUGAUCUGGGGAGAUGUUCCUGAUUGAUUUUUGAAGUACUAUAUCCGAACGACAAACCUAAAAGUGCAUUUCCAGAAAUCCUUCGCUACCCGCGAUGUUUUUGGAGUUUCAAUGACAAUUCCACGCGACGAAACCGCCACAGCUUUAUCAAUUCUCGGACACGCUGCCGGUCAACCAGCAUUCAAACCAUGGGAAAAAGAAGAUGUUAUCCCAACAUUGCGUGCUGAUAAUGCCUACAGAAAUCCAUUUGUUUUUGCGUUUGAAGGAAUUCAUCGUGCCGCUUAUAGAAAUGGUGGACUCGCCAAUUCAGUUUAUUCACCAUGUUCAAGAAUUGGAAAACUUUCGAAUGACGCUUUGACCAAUUUUGCUGUAUGUUUUUUUCUGAAUCUAGAGAAAAAAUUUCUGAUUUUGUAGAACACUCAUUUGGUUUCUGGAAAUGGAAUCUUAUUUGCCACAAAUGUUGAGCAAGAAGAGCUCGUCAGAUAUGCUGAAAAUUACAGUCCAAUUGCUCAAGGCAACACAGUUUCAACAUCUUCGAGCCCAUAUUUGGUAAGUUUUUUUGAAAAUUGA